UCUUCUCCUUCAGUCAAUUCUCAGCCCACUAAUACUUAUAUACCAUAUACUAUACACCCUCUUCUUCCUCUCUCUUUCCUCUCAAUCAACCUCUUUUUCUCUCCCUCUCUCUCUCUAAAUCCGUACUAUUCCACCAUACUUGUCCAUUGAUCAACACAUUCUUCAACAAUGGAGAUGGAAGUGGUGAUGCCAGUCCCACCCGCCGACUUCAACUUCGACAGCACCUGCUCCUCACCCUACAUGACAGCUCCCUCCAGUCCUCAGCGCUUCGGCAAUUUCUUCUACAGCGCACCCACCAGUCCCACCCGAGUCUCCGCCGCCGCCACCUUAUACGGCGUCGACCUCUCGCUCAUCUCCGGCGCCGGACGUGAAAUUCCAUCAAGAAGCCUAGCUUCGUCGAUACCCUUCAAAUGGGAGGAAAAGCCUGGAGUCCCGAAAGGAAAGAUAACAAGAACUGGAGAAAAUGAUACUAUUGAAAGUCGAAACGACAACGAAAACCAAGAUGAAGUCGACGACGAUUUCGAGUUCAAUUUUAGUGGGCAGUUAGAGAAAGGUUCAUUAUCUGCCGCGGAUGAACUCUUUGAUGGCGGAAAGAUUCGGCCCUUGAAACCUCCUCCUCGCUUACAGGUCCGGACGUGUAGUGGAAAUUACGAUUCGGGACCUUCUUCUGUUACUUCACCGAGAUCUCCCCGGUCAAGGAUUUCUCAGGGGAAGAAAAUGGUUCAAGAUGUACUAAUGUCACCUAGAAGAAAACGAGACGAGAAUUUCGACCCUUUCACUGCCGCCGUUGAAGAAACUCGUAAGAAAGAAAGUAAUCAAGAUCAAGAACCCAACCCAGAAAAAUUAGGACGCGGGAGAGAAAGAUCAGUCGAUCACAAUCAGAACUCGUCGAGUAAUUUCGCCAGGAAGGGGACUCGAUCCUUAUCCCCCAUGCGUGUUUCCGACGCACUACUGUUUGACGCGGAAGAAAACUCGUCUCAAUUUUCAGGGAAAAUAGUCCCCGAUCCUAAUUCGACCACAAACAAUUCGAGAUCGGCUUACUCGUCGAUCUUGUCAGCAAUUUCGUUUGCCAAGGACUACCGUAAAUGGAAGCUCAAGGACUUGUUACUGUUUCGAAGCGCGUCGGAAGGCCGAGCGUCGUCGGUGAGCGAGUCUUUCAGGAAGUAUGCGGUUUUGUCAAAGAAGUCGGCGCCGGGACCGGGAACGGGGCCGGCAACGUCCGCGGUGGCGACCGACGAUGUAAGGAAUUCGAGUUUUCGGUCGACGGAUAGUGUGGGUUCGGUGAGUUCAAGGCGGAGGGGGCCGCCGGUUUCGGCUCACGAGUUGCAUUACACGGUGAACCGGGCGGUUUCGGAGGAAAUGAAGAAGAAGACUUUCUUGCCUUACAAGCAAGGUCUCUUGGGUUGUUUAGGGUUCAAUCCAGGUGUCCAUGAGAUUUCUCGGAGCUUUGGUUCUUUGUCACGUGCAUGAUAUCCAGAUUACUCAAUCUGGGUUUCUCGUCUUGUUUAUGAUCAUACCAUUUUCAAAUUUAUAUACGUUAUAUAUAUAUAUAUAUAUUAUAUAUGCUUUAUUUUUUUCUUUUUCUAAUGACUUUAUAAUUGGAUCAUCUUGGUCUAAUUUCUAUUCGUUUAUGGUGAUUUCUCUACUAUAUCACUAUGUAUAUGUUUACAGAAGUUUCUUUAAUGAUCACUAAAAGAGAUUUAAUUUUAGUUUAGGGAUUAAUGAAAAGUUUGUACUUGUGUUUAAUUUACGGUGAAAAUCUGUUUCGGUUGCUUCAAA